UCGUGAGCGCCUCUGCUGGCCUUCGAAAUGGGCUCGAUUUCUUAGCCUUGAUUUCUUCAAUUGUCCCUCUGCAUAUCAACUUUUUAUGAAGAAGAGGCUGUUCGCGAUGACAUAUGGAGGUGAAUUGGCAGACGAGGUCAGCCAGGUGAUUUCAGAACUGGUUCCUGUACGGGCAGACUGGCUUGUAAGUUGCAGUUCCUGUGCAGUACAGUAAAGCUACUUGCUUGGUGAGAGGAUUACAAUGAAACCAGCUCAGGAGCGCAACCAGGAGUGCCUGCCUCCUAAGAAGAGGGACCUCCCAGUUAGUAACAGCAGCAGCGCUGGAGGAGGAGGAGGAGGAGGUGGUGGUGGUGGUGGUUUCGGCGGCGGCGGCAGCAGUGCUGGCUGUGGUAUUGGAGAAGAUGAAGUGGUUUCCAUCCAGAACUCUGCAGCUAACAGUGACACUCAGGGAGGGACCCCAUCUGGAGAGUGGCUACGACCUCAGCCAGGGCUUCAUUAUGGAAUGGAUAAUUCGGAUGGCAUAGCAGCAGUGCCCGUUGACCAGUACAGUAUGCUCUACAAAGUGGCACUUCCGUCUGUUACCUACUCGUCUACUAGUCUUCACCCAGUGUUAAGUCACAUCUCUCCAGCCUACACUGUACACUCUUCUAUCCUGCAGCAUCCAGGCCUUUCCUAUCCUCCUCUUGGUUAUGCCCAGAUCCCUCAUUCCUCUCUCCAGUUUGUUGGUUCCCCUUAUGCAGCAGUACCUUACGCUCUACCCCCUGGCUUUGUCCCGGGAUCAUUAAUCUCUCCCUCAGGUACUAUUCCUCAGCCCCACGCUGUGUCCCACCUUGUUCCCUAUCCAUCUGUCAUACAGGAAGGUGUUGUUUCCCCGCCUCCCCAGGCACAGGUAGCUGCUCAUACCUUUGCCAAAGUUGCAGCAUCCAGCGGGGUCCCGCUGAUGCUGUCUUCAGAGCAAGCUGCCCAGCAGCACCUUGGUACUGUAGGAGUCCUGUCUGCAACAGAGGUCGGCUCUCGGGGGAUGCCAGUCUUCUACCACCCUCAGGGCGCCAGGGCUGUCACUGCCACCAGAGACCCCCACAUUGUCCAGCACGAGAAUGAACCAGAGGUGAAUGGAGGCGAUAAAGAGCAGGCAGCCAGGGAGGUUGUACUAGACUCGACCUACACUGCCAGAAAUGCACGUGUGCUGCAGGUGGUAUCCAGCUCUGCAGUGCACGAGCACAGCCAAGACAGAGGCCUGCAGAACCGAAGGCUGGAAGAGAGGAGCUCACCUGGCCAGCGCAGCACUCCAGACAGUGACCUGGAGGUGCAGCAGGUGGUUGGUCGUUUGGCUUCCUCUAGCCAAGGGGGCAUUGGAGUGCGGAAGGAGGUCUCCUUUGCUCCCUUGAACCUCUCUCAGGGUGCCCAGAGAACUAGAGAUGUCCAUGCAGAGAGCACUGGUGUAAUUCCUGGCCGGACCGCGUACACUGCCCAGUCUGUGAGUUACAGUGACCCCAGAGUGACCGGCCUCCAGCAGCAAACGGGACAACCAGGCCAUGCUGUCAUGCUUGCCAAUGGACAACCAGUUCUUAUUCCCCUGGAGUAUCACCUGCAGCACCAGCCCCAACUACCACAGCAACACUACCCAGGACAGGCUAAUGAUGCCUCAGCCAGCCAUGCCUCCACCACCAUGGCCUCCCCUAACCUAAGCUUUAAAACCUCUGAUUCUUCAGCCAGAGUGUGCCUCUCUGAAAGGGCAGAGCCAACCAUAGUUCAGCAGCAGCCUCCUGUCCAACCUACAGCAGAUGUGACUCAGGCCUUAGCUUCAAGCCUCGCUCCUGUCCCGGCUCCCUGCAACCCAUCACACUUCAUGAAGGGUGCCAUCAUCCAGCUGGCCACCGGGGAACUGAAGCGUGUGGAGGACCUGCAGACUCAGGACUUUGUGCGUAGCGCCGAAGUGAGUGGGGGGCUUAAGAUAGACUCCAGCAUGGUGGUGGACAUCCGUGCCAGCCAGCAGAGACCAGGUCUCGUGUCGCUUCACUUUAAUGUGGGGGAGCAGCAGAGCAAAGUGACCAUUGACGUUCCCCCAGAGCACCCCUUUUUUGUGUUCGGCCAGGGCUGGUCGUCCUGCAGCCCUGAACGCACAGCUCAGCUGUACGGCUUGGCCUGCCAUCAUCUGCAAGUAGGAGACGUGUGUGUGUCCAUCACCCUGCAGCAGCAGCUUCAGCCACAGCAACAGAAACAACCACAGCACCAUCAUUUGCAACAACAACAACCGCAGCAGCCGCAGAACCUGUCCAGGACUUUGAGCAAAAACAGUGCUACAUCAGGACCUGGUCACCAGCUCAUGGGGCCUCCCGCCCCUCAGCAGUCACGGCCUCAGUCUCAUUUGAGGCUUGAGCGCAUCCACAGAGAAAGACAGAGGGAAGAUAUGAUCGAUAAGGAGGAAGCCACACAUUUUGGGGUUGUUGGGCACACUGAGUCGCCCAUCAGAACAAGUCGGACCUCAGCAGAGAAUCCAAGGAGCCAAAGCAGUUAUCACUUGCACACAGAGGGCUCUGCUUUUGCAGGGGCAGGAAUGGGAGCAAUGCAGCCUGCGCUAGGUGCUUCUCAGAGGCGCUGGUCUUCACCUGGCCUCCAAAGAUACAAUAUGAAGGGAGACGAAGGGCCACGCCCUCAAAUAAGCACCUCCGGCCACACAAGGCCCUCUUUCAUCCCCCAGGAGGUCAAACUGUCCAUUGAGGGGCGCUCUAAUGCAGGGAAGUAGCAUCACCUUUGGUAGCAACCAUAGAAGUGUCUGCCACGAGUAAAGAUAGUCUGAUAAGGAGAGAAAGGGGAAAGAAAAAGUGCGAAUGUAGCCUCAGAAUGUUUGAGAUUUUGCACACCUAAAAUAUACAAAAAUACAAGAUCUUUGUCUAUCUGGUGAGAAGUUCCGGCCUGGUUUGGUUGUCUCUAAACCAAAAGAUACGAGCCUGUGGUUUCCCAGCCAGCUGAGGUCUGACAGGGACAUGACAAGCUGAGUAGAAAGUAUGUAGCUGAUGAAAUGCUUAUCAUGGUCCUUACACACUGCAUUUCUUUUACUCCCUCCUUCCUUUGUCGCCACUUCCUCACACCCUAGCUUGGAGGUUUCCAUCGUAUCUUGCUUCCUUUUUGACCAAACUGUCUCUUUGGAAGACCACAAACUACGAAGACUGUGUUUGUAGCACAGUGGAAUUACCAACCCUGCAGGUUCUGAUGUAUUUCAAAGAUCACAGCCGGUGAUCUCAUAUCGCCUGCAUUCCUAAGAUCCUGUUUCCUUCAAAAGUAUUUUGAUAUCCCCCCUCCCUAAAAAAGAGUGGAGUUGCUGACAUCAGCAGCUCCUGUGGCGAUGCUGGCAAUGUUAACGCUGUCAGUGUAUGUUAACGUUAUGCUUCUCCGGCAGAAGUCUAAAACCUCUUUUGUCAGCAGAGAUACUCUCUCAGUCUGCAAGGAUCCUCUCAGGCCAGGUGUGGCAUGUCCCACUUGUCUUACAAUCGAAAUAGUGAUAAAUCAAUCAGUCUGUCUGUUGCAGCAAUCAUUAUGCCCUCUGGUUGAGGCUGAGGGUCCUUGUGUGUGUGUGUGUGUGUGUUUGUUUGUUGGUUUGUUUGUUUGAAAAAACGCCUCAGAUUGGAAAAAACGCUUGUUCUUUAUGAUAACUUGAGAUAUUUUGCAUUCCAGUAUGAUCAGUGGGAAUAUCCAUCACCUAGUGUAUAACCUUUUUCCCCUUUAGAGAAUCCUUUCACAUCCUGAGGGACACCCUCUCUCCCUCCUCGCUAUACCUUAAAGCUUUCCCGAACAGACUGGUGACUUUUGAUGCAAUUUUAAAGAGCCCAAUUAACGGGGGAUGCACUGUAUGGUCCUCACCAAAGCCACCUGUGGGAAAGAAGCAGAGAGACAUUACCCCGUCACAUCACAGGCCGAAAGGCCACUUUAGCCUGAAACCCCAGGAAGAGCGAGACUUGUGAGAGAAAACCUAUGUGCGAGUGAGCAGGUGUUCCCUUUGUCCUCAACUUGAGUUACUCUUUGCUCAGUUACAAAAUGAAAGCAAUAGUUCUUUUUACAGCAUGCCGCUGUACUACUCUCCCCUAGGAUUCUCUCGGCGUGCGCUGUUUUAUAUCUCUAUACUAUCUGAAGCGUGAGAUCUGACCCCCUUUUAACCCCAAUGUUAAUGGUUAUGCACUAUUACGCUGUUCAUUUUUAUUGAUGCUUCAGUAUUUCUACACAAGCGAUGCAUGCCUUUGACAAAUUUCACAAGAAAUCUUUGUAAAUGAAAGUGCUUCUCUUUGAUUUUCCAUCUUCACUAAUGAUAUUUUAUCUUCAUUCAUCUGGAUUCAUUCAAGUGCAUCUCCAAGAAAGGGUUGACUCAAAGUUGUGAUCAUUAUCAAGUUAUCUGUUCUGUCUUUUGUUUUAACCUACACGGCGGUCCUUCGCUUUUGUACUAGGAUAUACUCUAUCCAGCGGAUCUUAUGAUUGUCUCGUGUUGCACAUAGAAAAUGUCACUCAUUUACUUCACACUGACCUUGUUAAUAGGAAUCACAGUACAAUGUGUUUUUUUUAAUGAAGGGAAUAUGUUAUGUUAAAUAUUGUUGGUGAUUUGUGGCGAGAGAGUAAGAAAAAAAAAAAAGAACUGACUUGCGUUUUUUAACUGUUUACAAAUUAGCCAAGAUGAAUGCUGCAGUUUCCUCCUCCUGACAGAUUUUUAUCCUUGUCACUGAAAUCCAAAAACCCAAAAGGGUGAAAUUGAAAUUAAGUGCAAUUAGACCACAUAACAUCAUUCAGAGGUUUAUAAUCAGACGGCAUUCCUCACACAGACAUUCCCAUCACGAAGUGUAAAUCACACAGCACCAGUUUUCUUUUUUUUUUUCUGUCAUAGACAUUUGGACUUUUAAAUAUCUCGCGGAUUACCUGUUAUAUGUCCUCCCGCUCAGACAGGAGCAUCACUCAGUUGCAUGGUUGUCAAUUUUGUGUCUGACUAAUGUGUUUGUGCCGUGACCCAGACACCUUUACAUGUGUCUGUCUGUAUUCUUCGACUCUCUCACCCUGUGUCUGCAGGCAGAGGCGCCAUGAGAGAAGUAUCAGACAGAGUGACCUGAACUGGGGCUAGUAGACUCGCAUCCUCUGGUACUGUCAUUAUGAGCUGCUUUAAAGGGCAGAUUCACAUUUUGUCCGUCUUAUAACAGUUCCCACAUGUCCAUAAAGAGUUAAUGGUCGCUGUAAUCACUCCUCCUACCUGUACUGGCCGUAUAAAGAUUCCUUCCUAAGGCUAUUCGAAUGUAAGAGGUAUGGGACAAAAUCAACAGUUGUCCUUCUGUGCAAUAAUGCACUUCAAGCUAAUAUGAGACUUCAGCAGUCACAGUUACACAAAUCAAGUGAGUAUCUUCCAGUUAGUUAUUGUAGUACACAAGUCAGUCUUUCUGUUACUAUUCCUCUGCAGCAGCUCAGCAGAAGAGGCCGCUAAAUGCACUAAACAGCUUUUUGCUCCAUCACUCAAACUGCUAUCACGUCAGGAAGGGAUCUUUUUAUGGGGGAACGGUUACAACAACUAACAACUCUUUCAGUUUAGUAUUGUGAAAAAAUGUGAACCUAUCGUUUAAAACGCUUUGCAAUGGGAGUUCAGCGUUCAUAAAAUGAUUUUACUACUGUUAAAAACACAUCACCGCUUUGAGUUUUUUUUUUCUUCAUGCUGUAAGGCAAUAUACAUAACUGAAAACAUUUCAUGUAGUCUUAGUGUAUUCUAUGCAGUAAACUCAGUAUUGUACCCUUCAUUGUCUUAAGUACAGCUCUGAUGCAGAAGGGCAGGUUUGGCUGAUGCAGUCAUUUUACAUUGAUGUCUGGCUGUAGGAUUUUUGCUUUAAAUUACCUUUUUUACAGGAAUACAAAUCAGUAUUUUGCUUUGCUAUUGCAAUUUUUUUCACUCAGUGGUCCCAAACUUCCUACGUUUUGCACGCUGCUGAAUCACAGAUCGGUAAACUUUUAUUGUCUUCUUGCAUGCCACACAGUCAGAGCCAAAUCACUCAAGACGAGUGUCCCUCAACUUUUCACGUGUUUGUCCUGCAUUCUUUUGGCACGAUUGCCAAGCCACUUCAACAGUGUAUUCUAGGUCAAGAUGCAUUUGAUGGGAUUUGAAUGGCGCAAGCAGUGCCACUUGUGACUUUACCUCCUGUUAAUUCUCACAGCAAGACCAUCCUGUGCUACCAUGACCUUUUUUGUUUUCGUCCUCUGCUCUGAACAGUGUGUGCCACAUUGAGCAGGAAAGCUUAACUUCGACCAAGAUAUCCAAUGAAUCUUAUUCACAUCACUGAGUCUGUUGCUGUAAGUAAUUGCACUAAAUGCCCUCCUUUACAGUGUUGUAAAAUUAAACUGUUGGUAAAUUGAAGAGUUUCAAGAUGUAAAGCACACAAGAAUCAUGGCGUAAUAGCAGGUUGUGUGUUUCUGUAGAUAGUUUUUAUUUUGUUGUAUAGAUUGUUUUGGUGAUGCUUGUCAUUAAUGCCUUAUAUUCUGCUUUGUACAACAAUGUGUGAAAUUGAAAUAAUGGAAUAAUUCUUCUGGUAGACUUGGGGUUCCCUUUGUUGAAGCUGUACCAAGAGCAAAUCAGAAAUGUCCAGCUUUGACGCUCUUGUUAUGCUUACAAGCAGAAAUUCUAAUUUACAUUUCUCAACGGGUGACGGUGAAUUCUUUUCGGGUCCCAGACGGUUCAACCAUGAACUCUGCAGCUUUUUGUUUGCGUGGGGUUUCUUUUUUUUCAUGGUCUAUUCCGUUACAUUUUUAAUACACUCUUUUUGCUCAUAUUUAACUUUUAAUUCCUGUUUUUGGAAUGUGUGGAAGUGAAGUAAAUGGAAGCUCUUCUCUGCACUUUUUACACGACGAUGACAGGAGUGUCAGUAACGGAGGGCAAUCACACACAGACUCGCACACAUCUGUUGUUUUUUUUUUUUUAUUGUUGUUGCACAAGAUCAGUAGAUUUUUAGCCCUUGUAUUAAUGGAUUGUGUUUGACGUCUUGUGCUUUGUCCCACUGUCUCUGGACAGCAGAAAGUGGGUUUGAAUAAAUGGAGACGGACAGGCUACAUAAAUCAGAUAGCUUUCCAUUGGUGUUAAUGUAUUGGUUUAUUAUGUUUAGUGAUGUUGGCAGUGGGGAUUUUUACUCUGUGUGAACUACUUCCUGUUGUUUGAUCCAAUAUUGAACUGCAAAGCUGAAUUUAGGGUGGUUUUGGUGUUGCUGAUGUCGAAUAAAAUCAGGAGAACGAGAACGGUUAAAAGUUUUAAAGAAGUCUGUGUAUUUUCAGAUUUGACAUUGUACUUUUUUGGCACAAGGUGACACUGCUUUUUAUGUGAUGUGUAACUAUCUUAAAAACAAAACAAAAAACAGCAUCUUUUAUAAAUGCCUAAAUCUGCAGAAUAUAUGCAAUGAUGUAAAUGUAACAUUCAAUCCUCAAGUAUAAUCCAGGUUGUAUGAACUUUGUAUAGUGAGUUUUAAUAUCGUAUGGCCGUACCAAUAUGUAUUGAUCUUUAUCAGAAGCCUUAGAGUUGUCGACCGAAAGUGCUCCCUUAGAAUACCCUACACCUACCUGACUUUAACAAAGCAUUAAUAUCUCUAUUUUGUUGCAUUUUUAUUUGUACCGUUUUGAAUAAAAUAGAUUUGUACUGUA